CCAUACUUCACAUGCACACAACACAACACGACACAACAAAAGCCCCACUCCAUUACAAGCCCCUAACACACCUCUCUCUCUCUCUCUCUCUCUCUCUUCUGGCAAUGGCUCUUCCUCUUUUGCAAUCUUCUUGCUAUGCUUUUGGGUAUUGCAUUGCAAUUCUGUGUCUUGUUUUGGUGGAAAGCCAUGAAGCUUCACCAGUUUUGCUAGGUGGUUUGAAGAACCACCACCACAGUCGCGACCACCAUCACAACAGAGGACCUAUGAUCCAAGCCAAUCAAACGUCGUGUGAUGUGUUUAUGGGCACUUGGAUCCGGGAUGACACGUAUCCUCAGUAUCAAUUCUCUGCCUGUCCAAUCAUUGACCCACAAUUCAACUGCCAAAUGUAUGGUCGACCCGACUCUGAUUACCUCAAAUAUCGUUGGAAACCUGCUAAUUGUGACCUCCCCAGGUUCAACGGGCUUGAUUUUCUGUUGAAAAUGCAAGGGAAGACCGUGAUGUUCGUGGGAGACUCGUUGGGGAAGAACCAAUGGGAGUCGUUGAUUUGUAUGAUUUCAGCUGCGGCGCCACGAUCGCCCACCCAAUUGUCCAGAGGAGAUCCCCUCUCAACCUUCAAAUUCUUGGAGUACGGUGUGGCCGUGUCGUUCUACAGAGCACCGUAUCUGGUGGACAUCAAAGCAGUGGAAGGGAAGAGAGUUCUGAGAUUGGAUGAUAUAUCAGGGAAUGGGAAGGCGUGGACGGGUGUGGAUGUGCUGUCAUUUAACACCGGUCACUGGUGGAGUCACAAAGGAUCUCUCCAAGGGUGGGACUACAUGGAAUCAGGAGGGACAUUGUAUGAAGAUAUGGAUCGUUUGGUUGCUUUGGAUAAAGGGCUGAGAACUUGGGCCCAGUGGGUUGACUCCAAUGUUAGCCCAACUACUACUAGAGUCUUCUUCCAAUCCAUCUCUCCCACUCACUACAACCCAGCAGAAUGGAAUGCAGGGGCAGCAACAAAGAGCUGUUAUGGCGAAACCGUGCCAACGAGUGGCACAGCCUACCCGGGGGCGUACCCUGAUCAAAUGAAGGUAAUUGAGGCAGUAAUAAAGGACAUGAUCGGUCCAACAUACCUCCUCGACAUAACAACAUUGUCUGCAAUGAGAAAAGACGCGCACCCCUCUAUCUACAGCGGUGAUCUGAGCCCCGAGCAACGAGCUAACCCUGACCACUCCGCUGAUUGUAGCCAUUGGUGCCUUCCUGGCUUGCCUGAUACUUGGAACCAAUUGUUCUACAACGCUUUGUUCUUCUAAUUGUUUUUAAAAAUAUGUUUUUUCACUUUCUGCUUUUUUAUUUAGACUUUGAUCUAUAGUUUUACUGAUUUAUAUAGCCUAUUGAUGUACAUCUACUGGGGGUGGAAAUUGCACCUUUAGGUAUCUCUGUUGUAAAAUAGUGCACUUGGGAAUUAGGAUUUGUAUUUUUUUUGUGAGAAAUUAAGGUAAACUUAUUUC